UUUUGAGUCCGGUGCAUUCAGGAAGAAAAACAGAAGCCGUCAGACGAGUCUCCACCUUUCUGAGGUGAGGAGUGGAGUACUCCAGGAAAACCAUCCUCCGAAACGCUCAAAGAAAACUUUGCAACUUUAUUUGUGUUGUUAAGAAAAAUGACAGUUUACUGGUAGAGAUACGAUUACGACAAGUAAGGUAAUUUGGCUACUUUGCCCUUAGUAAAAUAAAAAGAAAAAUAAUGGCGUCAAAGCUGAAAUUAAACAAUAAUGAACUUCUGGAAGUUGACAUAUGCGACGAAGGUGGCGCGUGCACUAAGGACGAGAGCGGUGUUUAUGUCAACUCCGACGCUUCUCUUCAGGAUGAUUUCUCCGGCUUUCAGCUGUGGACGAGCCCCGCCGAGUCAGCAAAUGACACAUCAUCAUCUCCGGGAGAGCAGGAGGUCUCCAGCGAGCAACCAGUGCCGCCUGGCACCUUUACUGCCACCCAAAGGACCAACACGGCCGGCGACAGUGACACUGACUCCCUGGGAAAUGGAGUCAAAGUUCUGCGGACCUCCAUAGUGGACUGCCUGCUGGUGGAGCUGUAUGAGACGUACAGCGGAGGCGGCAGAAGGAAUGCGGACAGCUGGGACAGCUCCACCGAGGCGUCCGGAUCAGAAUCAGCCUUCCUGGGCCGCAGUAACUCUGGUUCCAGUUUUCUCCAGGAGCUGCAGGAGAAGCACACCAAGAGGCACCAGAUGAACUAUCUGGCCCAGAAAGCCCCGGAGGAGCUGUGUUCAAUAAUCCAGGAGGUGAAAUAUCGAACAGGUCUGCAGUCGGCUAAGCUGAUACGCCAGCUGAAGAGACGGGACAGACUUUGCCACAAACUGCAGAAGAACUAUGACAUCAUGACAGCGUGCCUGCAGGCUGUCUCACAAAAGCGACGUGUUGACACAAGACUGAAGUUUACCAUUGAGCCCUCACUGGGAAAGAACGGCUUCCAGCAGUGGUAUGAUGCCCUCAAAGCUGUUGUGAGACUUCCUACUGGGAUACCAAAGGAAUGGAGGAAAAGGGUUUGGCUAACGCUAGCGGACCAGUACCUGCACAGCAUCUCUAUUGACUGGGAGAAAACUCUUCGUUUUGCCUUUAACGAGCGCAGCAACCCGGAUGACGACUCCCUCGGCAUCCAAAUCGUCAAGGAUCUGCACCGGACAGGCUGCAGUUCUUAUUGUGGCCAGGAGGGGGAGCAGGAUAGGGUGGUGCUAAAGAGGGUGCUGCUGGCAUACGCCCGCUGGAAUAAAAGCGUGGGUUACUGCCAGGGAUUCAACGUCCUGGCUGCUCUAAUACUGGAAGUUACAGAGGGCAACGAGAGUGAUGCAUUAAAGGUGAUGAUCUAUCUGAUCGACAAGGUGCUGCCUGACAGCUAUUUUGCCAACAGCCUGCGUGCAUUAUCAGUGGACAUGGCGGUGUUCAGAGAUCUGCUGCGUUUAAAGCUUCCCAGGCUGUCUCAGCACCUCCACCACCUUCAGAAAGCAGCCAACCGAGAAGCUGGAGGGAGCUACGAGCCUCCGCUGACCAACGUUUUCACUAUGCAGUGGUUUUUGACCAUGUUCGCUACCUGUCUGCCGGCCCCGACUGUUCUGAAGAUCUGGGACUCAGUUUUCUUUGAGGGAUCAGAAGUACUGUUUCGGGUCGCCCUCGCUAUCUGGGAGAGACUGGGAGAGAGGAUCGAGUAUAGCCAGACAGCGGAUGAGUUUUACAGCAUGAUGGGUUGCCUCACUCAGGAGAUGUUGGAGCACAACCUCAUCGAUCCCACAGAACUCAUGCAGGAGGUUUACUCCAUGGCGGUGUUUCCCUUCCCCCAGCUGGCUGAGCUAAGAGAGAAAUACACUUACAACAUCACUCCAUUCCCUACCUCAGUGAAAUCUAAUGGAAGCGAUGGUCUGGGCAGCUGGGAGAGUGACGAUGAUGCUGACAUGGAUGAUGAAGAUUCGAUGGUGACGGCGCUUGGCUGUCUGGGGCCUCUGGGUGGCCUGCUGGCCCCUGAGCUGCAAAGAUACCAGAAGCAUCUUAAAGACCAGCGAGCAGAGCAGGGGAACAUUGCAGAGCUGAGCCCAGGAGCGGUGGCAGCUGGAGCAGGAGGAGGAGCAAAGGCAGAGCAUCAGGCAGCCAUCAACAGCAUGAUGAUGGAGAGAAUGAGCACCGACAUCUGCGCACUGAAGAAGCAAUAUGCACGUAUCAAGAGGCGGCAGCAGCAACAGGCUAUGCAACUCUACAUACGCACAGGACCUGGACCUGAAGUGGCCACAAGUCCAGGGGUUCUUCAGGAGGGUUCCAACAAACACAGCAACCACACUGACGAUAAAUGUCCUGCCACACGGGUCCUGGCCUCCCAGCUCAACCCUUCCAGCUCUGUGAUCAACCACCUCCUUCUGGGCCGGAAACCAUGUGGCAGCCCUCGAAGCUGGAGACCGACGUCUGGUAGCAUUUCUACACUACCGGGGUCCCGACCUACUUCUCAAUCGCAGAGUCAGGGGUCCCCAUCCAAGCAGCGCUGUGGCAGCACUGGAUCUCCAGGGAGCACGGGGUCUCCUUGGCGUGCUCACGUCCGCCAGCAUCGGAGGAACAUAGCGAGGACUCGAGCACAGCUGGGCUUUGGAGAUUCGGAAGAAAGGGAAGAUGAGGAUGAUGAAGACAGAGAAUCAGUUGGGAUGGAGGAGGAUGAGAGGAAAAACGGUGAUAGAGGAGACGAUGAGCUGAAAGAGGGGUGUGACUCCUCUAUGCCUCCAUCUUCUGAUGCUUCAGGUGCAAAUUCAGUGUGUGAAGAAGCUCCACAGUGUUCAUAUGUGAUGAAAGAGGCAAAGAUUGAGGAGGUGGUGGUGCAGCUGGACUCCUUGGAUCUGGAAAAAGAGACCGACCUGAGUUCUCCUAGCAACAUGGAAAUGCAACCCAAACUACCAGAGUCUAAACCUGCAACUCCGGUUCCUCUUCUUCCUCCACCUCCAUCCUCAAAUAGACACAAAGAACCUGACCUCUCAGGUUCAGAAAGCCACAGUAGCUCUGACACACACCUUCCCUCCAUUCCUUUACCUCCUUCUCACCACUCCUUUAACUCCUACAUUCCUUCUUCCACAUCUUCAAUCCCAGGUAUAUCCCCCUCUUCAGUUCUUGAUCUGCCCUCCUCAUUCUCUCCGAGUCUGACCUCUACCCCAUCACCAAACUCCACAUCCCAACUCCCACCUUCUUCAUCAGCCAAUGGCUUAUCUGGUUUCUCUCUCCCUGCCUCUUCCACCCUUUACAAAACUUCCUCCCCCUCCACUCCAUCGCUCUGCUCUAUUUCAUCAUCUAGGUCCACUAUGUCUUCUUCCCCAUCAACCCCAGCAUUCUCAUCAGCUUCCUCCACUCCUAAGCAGCAGAUCUUUUCCCCGUUCCCUUGUGUAAAGCAGCCUAGAAAAUCAGUUGCAGCCAGGAACCUCGGUCUUUACGGACCCACGUCAAGAACACCUGCAGUACACUUCCCUCAGCUCAGCCGCAGCCUCAACCGCAGUACUGCUGCCGGGACACUGGGGAGCCGAUGAAAGCCACAACACAGAUAUGAAACAUGCUACACCAUGUUGCCUCCUGCAUUUUGAGCAAACACCCCUUAUCUUAUUGGAAGAAGACUGAAAGGUCAAGAAAUGUGAAGCUCUGAUACGUGGAGAAAGCACUGAACCGUUGAUUUUAGACAUUGCGGCUCAAUAAUUUUUGAAAUUCACAAGCCAUUACAGGGAACCAUCACAGACGUAGCAGACGUUAAAGCAUGAGGACAAUUUCUUAAUUGCUUUAGUAUUUUAGCUGCAUCUGUAACAUACAUCUGAGGAGUGUGAGACAGAAAUAAGCCUUUUCCGGUGUCCUAUGCAGGUCUUAUUUGGCCAUAUUUGGACACAUUAAGAAAGAAGGAAAUGUGAUGUGAAGGCUAACUGUUACAGACUCUACAGUUUCUUGGGUAAUAAACUGAUUCAUAUUUGCAUUUGUGCUGUGCAUAAGCAUCUCUUCAGUAGCAGAGGAUUCUCCCUGGACUGAAACAUGGAGAUCUGGCCUGGAUAAAUGCUUCUUGAAGUAUAUGGACCGUAUUACAGUAUAUAACAAACUGUUUUAGCCACUUGAUUUGCACAAUAGCCAUUCAGUUGUUUUGAUGCCAAGUAUUUAACUGCAUAACAAAACAAUAGAUACCUAAGAAGCUCUGUAAACUGAAAAAAAGGGGAAAAAAUGUUUGUGCUUAAAAUCCUGCCAAUUGCAAUGAUGUCCUGAAGCACUUCAUUUUUUCUAUUAGUAAAAUCAUUCUGUACAUGUGUAAUGUGUCUCAUCCGUUCAACAAGGACGUGUGACUGAGGAUAUUAAUCUGAGACCAGCCAUGAUUUGUUUUGACUGAGCAUGUGAAAUGCGUGUAAUUGAAAUGUGGAAACAUUAAAUAUAAAUUAAGGGAAUUCUGAAUCUGGGAUGUAUGGAUUCUCACAUAGGAAUACUAAAAGUGUUUCUUUAUAAAGCAAAUAGAAAAUUACUCCCAUCAGAUUAUAUUAAUGAGUGUAUUGUCAAAAUAAAUCUGCAGCACUUUAAAUAUGUCUCACUUAAUGUUGUUUACAAUAUGCAUAGUCUACCCACAGAUUUAACUACAUCUCACUGGGCUUUAAAAUAAAAAUAAGACAGAAUCCAAACAUAGUCAGUUGAGUGAUGGAGUGAAGAAACUGUACUGUCCAUAAGCCAUAAGAAAUGUUAGUUUUGACUUUUUGUAGCACUUUUUGCUGUUUCUAUAUAAUGACAAGGACAAAUAUUCAUUAGGCUAUAUAAUAAAGAUCACUUAU